UGCCAUAUUUAAAAUGUACAGGUGGUAGUGUAUGCAGUUUACAUAUACAUGUAAACAGAAAAUUAAAUCAUCCUAAUAAAUGACGAAAUGUUUUUAUUUAAAUUUAUCGUACGAAAAUCGGUAUUAUUAGACAAAUGCGAUAGUGACUUUAGUUUACGUUCAACUUAACUAUUGAAAUUAAUGAAAAGCCCAACAAGAGGUUAUAUUAUAAAACUAGAAAUACUAAUUUGAGUACAAAUUAGCUUGGGAAAAAUUGUACACAUUGUGUAUGAAGUGAAUGAAUCGAAUUAUUAUUAUAGCAGAGCUAUACCAAAUGAAUCGUAAUAAUAUUUGAUAUUAAUAAAAAAAAUUUCAAAUCGUGUAAAAACAUAAUUAAAAAUGCCAUUUAACCUAAGAGAAGUUAGACCCAGUGAAUUGAUCACUGUAACAAUAUUAUGCUUCAUUAAUUUAAUAAAUUAUAUGGACCGUUUCACUGUUGCUGGUAUGUUAAGAAAAAUCAAGGAUGACUUUCAUAUUGGUUAUGAUAAGUCUGGCUUAUUACAGACAGCAUUUAUUAUAAGUUAUAUGAUAUUCGCACCAUUAUUUGGAUAUCUUGGUGAUAGGUAUAAUCGUAAAACCAUCAUGGGUAUAGGUGUCUUCCUAUGGAGUCUUACCACAUUUAUUGGAUCUUUUAUGACGACAUUUGAGACAUUUUUAAUAUUCAGAGCGAUGGUUGGCAUAGGAGAAGCUAGUUAUUCAACAAUUGCACCAACAUUAAUUAGUGAUUUAUUUAUUGAUGAUGUCCGUUCCAAAAUGCUCGCAUUAUUCUACUUUGCAAUACCCGUUGGAAGUGGAAUGGGUUAUAUUAUCGGAGGUGAAAUGUCAAAAGCAACAGGUUCAUGGCAAUGGGGUUUACGUGUCACACCUGUAUUAGGAAUAGUAGCAAUUAUACUAUUACUUAUUGGAGUAAGAGAACCUGUUAGAGGUGAAAGAGAAGGUGGUAUGCAUAUUACUAAUACAGCAUGGUUACAAGAUGUGAAAGCUUUAACGAAGAAUCCAAGUUUUACACUUUCUACAGCUGGAUUUACAUGCGUAUCGUUUGUUGCUGGCGCAUUAUCUUGGUGGGCACCAACAUAUUUGCAAAUAGGAUUUAAAUUAACUGGAUCUGAAGUAGAUUCACUUGAUGUGGAUUAUAAAUUUGGAUUAAUAGGAAUGAUGUCUGGGAUAAUAGGAGUACCUUUAGGAUCUUUUAUAGCACAAAAACUUCGAGUACGUUGGACAACUACAGACCCAUUAAUAUGUGCUACCGGUCUAUUAAUAAGCGCUCCAUUAAUAUUUUUUGCAAUAAUUACUGCUAAUACUAAUGCUACUCUUUGUUACGUGUUAAUAUUUUUAGGACAAGUAGCUUUAAAUUUAAAUUGGGCUAUUGUAGCAGAUAUGUUGCUUUAUGUAGUAAUACCAACUAGAAGAUCUACGGCAGAAGCAUUUCAAAUAUUAUUUGCACAUGCCUUUGGAGAUGCUGGAAGUCCUUACCUUAUAGGUCUGAUAUCAGAAGGGCUAAAAGUAGUUAUUCUACCAGAUCUGAGUUUAGGUGGUGCUGCCAGUGAUAUUCCUACAGUUUACAAUGAUAUUGUAGAAUUUCGUAGUUUACAAUAUGCACUAUUCGUUACUAUUUUUGUUCAAGUUGUUGGAUCCUUGUUCUUCUUUUUCACUGCUCUAUAUAUAGAGAAAGACAAAGCAUCAGUUGAUCUACUUACUGCUACAAGUGGAAGUAUUUCAGAUUCUGUACAUAUAUGUAAUGGUGAAACUGAAAGUGAAUCACAAGAGGAAACGUUUAGGACAUAAUUGAUCAUUUUUUAAAAGAUUAAGGUGAAAUUAGAUGUACAGGAAAGAUAUUGAUAUUAAAAAAAAAUAAUAAUAAAGUAGAAAAAAAGACAGCAAUUUUAUAUGCUCAGGGACGAUUCAAGAAAAUUUGAAUAUUUGAAAGGAAUAGAAAAAAAAUAUUAUUGUAUUGUUUACAAUAUAAAAACGAGUUGAAGAAUAUGAAAGAUAUCAACUGUGUUCAAACACCAUUUGAAAGAAGAAAGAUUAUUUUAAGCCAAUUGUUAUUAGUGUAACAAAUGAUAUCCCUUGAAAAAAAAAAAAAGAUAUACAAUCAAAUAUACAGCCAUGUUGCCAGAUGC